UCCCUGUUGCAGAAGAAUUUGAGGGUAGGAAGGGCCCCUGAAAAUAAGAAGAAACUCACUUUGUGGGCCCCAUGGUCUAGGACAUUGGACCUUUUAUGAGUCAGAAUGUCUUCCCUACAGGUGCAGUGUUAUCAAGUGAAAAGUCUGUGCUGCCGGACGUAAAGCAGAGUCUCAAGUUCCUGUUGUGUGCUAUCUGUCCAUCUUCCGGCCUGAAAGGGGAGUCAGAGAAAGAAGAAAAGAUGGCAGUUUCUCGGGACUCAGUAACCUGCAAAGAUGUCGCUGUGACCUUCACUCAGGAGGAGUGGGCACUACUAAAUCCUUCAGAGAAGAAACUGUACAGAGGUGUGAUGUGGGAAACCUUUAGCCACCUAUUCUCAGUAGGAAUAUUACAGAAGAACUGUUCCACCAAAAAGCAGCAUAAACCUCAAGGGAAUAAAGAAAGUAAUAUAGUAGUGAAAAAAUUUGAGGGCAAGGAACAAAGUAUAAAUCAAGAGGUAAAGGAACAAAGUAAAUAUCAAGAGGAACCUCAAGAAAGUGGAGUAUGCAAGAAACAUUUCAUUUACUUUAGUCAUCUUCAAAAACACCAAGGAAUUCACAGUGGAGAGAAAUACUAUAAAUGUGAACUGUGUGGGAAAACAUUCAUUUUUUUCAGUCAUCUUCGGGCACAUGAAAGAAGCCACAAUGGAGAGAAACCCUAUAAAUGUAAACAAUGUCAUAAAACAUUCAGUACUUGCAGUGUUCUUCAGCAACAUGAAAGAAGUCACAAUGGAGAGAAACCCUAUGAAUGUAAGCAAUGCAGUAAAACAUUCAGUACAUCCAGCUAUCUUAUAUGUCAUGAAAGAAUUCACACUGGAGAAAAACCUUAUGAAUGUAAAGAGUGCAGUAAAACAUUUACUUAUUCCAGUUCUCUUCAGAUACAUACAAGAAUUCACACUGGAGAGAAACCCUAUGAAUGUAAACAGUGUGGCCAAAGAUUUGCUUUUUCCUGUUCUCUUCGGACACAUGAAAGAAAUCACAAGGGAGAGAAACCCUUUAAGUGUAAAUUUUGCAGUAAAACAUUUAGUCAGUCUACUCAUCUUCGAACCCAUGAAAGAUACCACAAUGGAGUGAAACCCUAUGAAUGUAAACAAUGUAGUAAAACAUUCAGUCAAUCCAGUCAUCUUCGGAUACAUGAAAGACAUCACAAAGGAGAGAAACCCUAUGUGUGUAAACAGUGUAGUAAAGCUUUCUAUACUUCCGGUAAUCUUCACAUGCAUGAAAGAAUUCACAGUGGAGAGAAACCCUAUGAAUGUAAACAGUGUAGUAGAACAUUCAAUCAAUCCAGUUCUCUGCGGGUACAUGAAAGAACUCACAGUGGAGAGAAACCCUAUAAAUGUAAACAGUGUAGUAAAACAUUCAGUCAAUCCGGUUCUCUGCGGGUACAUGGAAGAAUUCACACUGGAGAGAAACCCUAUGAAUGUAAACAGUGUAGUAAAACAUUCAGUUAUUCCAGCUCUCUGCGGACACAUGAAAGAUUUCACACUGAAGAGAAACCCUAUCAAUGUAAACAAUGUAGUAAAACAUUCAGUUGUUCCAGCUCUCUGCGGACACAUGAAAGAAUUCACACUAAAGUGAAACCCUAUCAAUGUAAACAAUGUAGUAAAACAUUCAGUUGUUCCAGCUUUCUGUGGAUACAUGAAAGAAUUCACACUAAAGAGAAACCCUAUGAAUGUAAACUGUAGUAAAACAUUCAGUCAUUUCAGCUCUCUUUGGUCACAUGAAAGAACUCACAGUGGGGAAUAACUAUGAAUGUAAACAAUGUGGGAAAGCAUUCAGUCUUUCCAAUUCUCUUUGCAUACAUGAAAGAACUCACAAUGGGGAAAAACCCUAUGAAUGUAAAUGGUGCAGUAAAGCAUUCACUUUUUCCAGUUCUCUUCAAAAACAUGAGAAAAGCCCCAGUAAA